UCAAGUCUCAAGUUCUACCCUUCUCGUCCCUUCGCAAGCGCCCACCCUUCUGCUUGCGUUCUCUACAAGCCGAACCCCCUGCGUACUGUGUAGAGGUCACCUCGCAGGCUUGCAACAAGAAACAUGGCCGAAUCCAAGGUUGGCUGGAACGAUGGCGUCUUGGUUGUGUCGCUUCUUUACAUGUGCAUCGACAUCCAAUACGAGUGGGACGGUUUUGCCACUUGCCAGCGCCCCAUUCACAAGUGGCUCCUGCUGAGCUACGGCCUGGUUGUGAUGAGCCGCCUGGUGCAUGUGGCUGGCGCUCUCAUGUCGCAGAAUGACAGCGAAUUCAUGUUGAACCUGCGCCAGAAAAGCGCGGCCGUGCGAUUCCUUCUCUCCAUGAUGUGGCUGGUGAUCCUGCCAGCCUUCACCAUUUGGUCCAUGGUGGGCACCGCCUGGGUCUGGGAGGUGAUGAGCCACACCCCGCAGUGCCUGCCCGGGGGCGCCCACUUCUGGUUCCUGAUUGUGUGGCAGGCAUUGAGCUACUUGUGGAUCUUCGUCCACUGCGGCCUGGGCAUCGUUGCUUGGUACCUGGAGCGGCGCCUGCGCCGGACGGAGGGUGACUUGCGGCAGCUGGAGGACCAAGACCUGUUGUCGCGCUGGGGCCAGGUGAGCCGGCUCCAGAACUACACCUCCGUCACCGGGCUCCGGGAGAGCGAGGACGGGCUCAAGGCCUCCGAGAUUGCAUCCCUGCCCGGGCUCUUUGUGGUGGACUGCGCCAUGGAGGACUGUCCCAUUUGCCUCACCGAGCUCUGCGAGGGUGAGAACGCUCGGAAGCUGAGCGUGUGUGGGCACACCUUCCACCGCUCCUGCAUCGACCUGUGGCUCUACCGGCGCGCCGACUGCCCCCUUUGCAAGACCGAGGUGAAGGCGUGUGAACACACGAGCUUGCGCAGGAGGGCGGUGGAGGAGUCUUCCUGGAAUGUGUGAGACUGGCCAUGUGGUAGUAGGUGGCUUCGUUCGUCGCUGAAGCGACGUGACACAGCCACAGAGGGUGGCUUGCAAGCUAAUCCCAGGGCAGCCCUGGAUUGGAGAAUCCCAGCAGCAUUGCCCUUCAAAUCACCAAAGCUGCUGAGCUAGUGUCGACUCACUUGGUUUAGCGCUGGUGUCAA